AUGGCAAGCGAACGAUGGAAGGACGAUAUCGCAUACGCGAUGACCCCCUUCAAAUUAUUAACGUGGCCCAUCGGCGUCUGGCCGCUUCAAGUUUAUAACGUCUAUUCACUAAUACGAUGCGUCUUAGCUACUUGUUGCAUGAGCAUAAUAGUAAUCUUACCUACUAUGGAAAUUCAUAUGGGUUGUACCGAUGCGGAACAGAACAUUGACAGCAUCAUGUUGAUCUUCUGCGGUAUACUAGGAGUGCUGAAGACAAUAUGUUUUCGUAUUUAUGCAGAAAAUUUAACUAAUAAUUAUGGCUCAGCCCGGAAUGAUUAUUUGACAAUUAAAAACGCGAAGCAUCGUGCCAUCAUGCGAAGACAUGCCUUCAUUGGGAGAAUUCUGUCCUGUUUCAUGGUGUGCUUCUCUUACUUUAGCGUAACGAUAUAUUCGCUAAUUCCUCUCCUGGGCGAUGAUAAAGAUAACCAAAUAAACAUAACGGACGAGGACGUUGUGCUGGAAUAUCCAAUGCCAUCAAGAUGCGCGUUGGAAUAUUUCAAUGUCUCGGAGAGUUUGCAUAGAAUUAUCUGUCUCUUCGAAUUUAUCGUGCUAGUACUUACAUGUACCUGUAAUCACGGUAACGAUUCUUUGUUCCUCAAUAUUACAUUACACAUUUGUGGUCAAGCGAAAAUUUUAAAGGCCAAUUUCAUCGACUUUGAUGUUUCAAAUUCGCAAGUCUAUGACCGUUUUAAUGCUUUAAUUCAAAGAAAUAGCUAUCUGAUAGAAAUGGCUAAGAAAUUAGCCAAUACUAUCAGUUUUGUUUUGUUGAUGCAAUUAUUUCUUAGCAGCAUUCUAUUAUGUAUAAUGGGAUUUCAAUUUAUCUUAGCGUUAAAACGGAAUGAUGCCGUCAUGAUGGGGAAAAGCUUCAUGGUAUUGUGUACUUUUUUAACGCAACUAACAGUGUAUAGUUUCGUCGGGGAUUAUUUGAAAUCCCAAAUGGAAGAUAUUGGACUUUUUAUUUAUCAGAGCGUUUGGUAUGAUCUUCCUACAAAAUUGACAAAAAAUUUAAUCUUUGUCAUUAUGCGGGCACAAUCUCCCGUCAAGUUGCAAGCUGGAAAUUUUAUUGUUGUAAACCUGGCAACUUAUAUGAGCAUUCUGAAAACCUCCAUUUCGUAUUUAUCCGUACUCCGCGUAAUGGUAGAAACGUAA